GAGAGAGUGAGCUUCCUUCCUUUCUGUCUGUCUCUCUUUCUUGUUGCUAUAACAGCUACUUCUACAUUUCUCUCUCUUCACAUCCAUUGAUUUGCUUAUCCGUGCAGAAUUCUCAGUUCAUCAUUUCCUCUUUUCUUUUUUUUAAAUUUAUAUUUUAUACGAACAAUACUGUGGAGGGUGGAUUCUAACACAUGAUCUCGGUGACAAGGAUAACUGCUGUUAACCACUUGAGCUACAAGUCUUUUGCAAUUCCCAGUUCAUCCUUAAUUUAGAGAUAGAAAGUGAGAUGGCUGAGCAGCAAAUUCAACAUUUCAGUCACAAGCAUCCAUUGAUAUUCAAGAAGGAGCAGAACGACAGUCGCUUGGUUUUUUGCUCAGCGUGCGAGGACCCAGUGCUUGGCUCAAGCUACACUUGCAACCAAUGCAGCCCUGCCUUCAUUCUCCAUAAAUCUUGUGCAGAUGAACUAACUCCUGAGAUACACAACCCGAUCCACCCCAAACACCCACUUAGUCUCCUCCCACCCAAAGAUGACAACUUCUGUAAUGACUGUGACCAACCGUGCAGGGGCUUCAUCUAUGAUUGUCUUGAAUGUGAUUUCGGAAUAGACCUCAGAUGCGCUUCAAAGUGGAAAAACUACUGUCAUGACCACAAAUUCACCGUCCUGAAGAACCGUACUAUUAAAUUCAAUUGUGAUGUCUGUGGCAAAGAUGGCACCGUCGACUUAUACCUCUGUGGCAUCUGCCAGCUCAUGGUGCAUAAGGAAUGCUCUUGGCUACCACGCCAUAUCCAAAUAGGAGACCACAAUCACAGACUCAAGCUCACCUGGCGCUUUGAAGCCAUUUACUCCAAAAAGCAAAGUUUCUGCUCCCUUUGCUCUAGACCCAUGGACCAAAGCCGCGCUGUUUAUUAUUGUCAUGAAUGUGGCAUAUAUGUUGCCCACAAUACAUGCGCCAUAAAAAAUGCUCAAAUCACUGACGCCACCAAGGAAACCACUCCCGACGACGACCCCCAACAUAAGAACAACCAAACAAAAUCAGAACCAGCUGCGCAGAUCAGCCAUUUUAGUCAUCAACAUCGCUUAACCCUCAUCACUGAUCAUCAUGAGGUAGAUAAAGAUAAUGAUCACCUUGAUGAUAGAAUAAAUACUUGUAAUGGUUGCAUGCGGCCCAUCACUACUACAGAUGCCUUUUAUAGCUGUGCAGGACAAGAAGAGUCGUCAUGUCAUUUCUUUCUCCACUUAAUUUGUGCCCAAUUCGAUCCAAAGAGGCAUUUUUCACUUCACAGGCACGAGCUCACACUCCUUCCGAGGGCUCCUUCUAUUGAUGGCGUGUUUAGGUGUUACAUUUGCAAUACUUUUAGCCAAGGCUUCGGAUACUACUGUGAUAAUAAGGACUGUGACGUCUACUUUAUCAAGGAGGAAGGCUUCUACCUUGACCUUCACUGCAGUAUUCUUUGGGAAUAUAAUAAGUCUCUUAAACAUGAGGCACAUCCUCAUCAUGACCUCCACUUCAACAUAAAACAGGGUAGAAUUUAUAAUAAAUGCAAGGGUUGUGGUGCUUCUUCUGAAUGCAUUGGUUGGUUCAGUUGUAAUGUUUUUGCAUGCAACUUCAACCUUUGUAUUCCAUGUAUUAAAUUACCUCCCACAGCCCGGCACAGAUACGACGAUCACCGUCUCAAGCUCACCUAUAGUGUUACAGACAUGCUAGCUGAACAUUAUUGUGAUAUAUGCGAAGGACCACGAAAUCCGAAACAUUGGUUCUACUCCUGCUCAGAUUGCGACUUUCAUUGCCAUCCUCAUUGCAUUCUAGGGAGGUAUCCGCAAGUCAAGUUAGGGGGAGCUUAUAAGCACGACACUCACCCACACCCUGUUACUCUUGUUGAUAAGGAAAGGAGUGUCAUUCCUUCUGAUAAAAGGGAGCACAUUCUUGAUUGUCAAGAAUGUGGGGAACCAUGUGAAGGGUUGGUCUGGGAAUGUUCCGAGUGUAAUGCCAAUAUCCACCGAAAAGGUUACUGUAUAUCCACUAAAGAAGACAAAAGUGUCUCUCAGAGAGAGAUGGCUGAGCAGCAAAUUCUAUAUGACGAGCAUUUAUUGAUGUUCAAGGAAGAGUAGAGGAAGGAUGGUCCCUUGGUUUUUUGCUUAGCGUGUGAGGACCCAGUGCUUGGCCCAAGCUACACUUGCAAACAAUGUCUAUUUGAAUCUAUUUUAUGUUUGUUUGGUGUGUACACUAUCUCGGCCAUCUCUCUGUCUUAAGUUUGACUCAGGUAAGAAGUACAUGCAUGUAACUAAUGGUGGUCUCACAUGAACGAUUCUACACACUUGCAACACAAAAACCUCUGAUCUCGUUUCUCAUAAUAAUUAUGGAAAAUUGGUAAAAGAGGUAUUGAGGACAUUUUCGCUAACUCUUUAAUAAAAGGGAGAAGGUGAAUUUGACCCAAAAAAAAAGAAAAAAAAGGAACGCAUGGGAGCUGCAAAAAUGUCCUCUACGACCAAAAAUCAAACGAAACGACUAAGUUUCUUGGAAACCGGUGUGGUGUUUGCCAAAGAGGUUCCAUUGCCCAAGUUA